AACUGUGUGUAUUUGUGUGUGUGUGUGUAAAGGCGUCUGUGGUUUCAUGUGCAAAAUGACACUGCAAGAGCUACUGAUCUGCUUCAUUCAGGCUUUUCAGGGGGUUAGAGAUGUAUCAUGAAACAGGAAGUUGUAGUUUCAGAAAAGAGCUAACAGGAACUAAAAAAGAAAAAAAGAAAAGAAAAAAAGGCAGAGCCCACACAAAACAGAGUCGUGCCAUUAGUGAGUGAGAACCAGCCAUGAGGGACCAUUUAUAUCUUUUCUUCUUUAUGAUUCAAUUUAGUUCUGGCUGUAUUCUUUCAGAUGAGCAGCAGACAAUAGAAAUAACAGGAUACACAGGUGGAUCAGUGGUGCUGCCCUGCUCCUGCGCUCAUCCUCAGUCUACAGCCAACACAUUCACAUGGCUGUAUUAUGGCAAUGGUAAACAAUGGAUUCCAGUAUUUGAGGAUGAGGAAUACAGCAGCAGACGUGUGCUGUUUAAUGAAAGUUCUCCACAAAAUCUGUCUCUUCUCAUUUCUGAUCUCAGAAAGGAAGAUGAAGGGUACUAUCAGUGUAAGACUGAACAAUCUACAUACAUUCAUUUAAUAGUGAAGGGCUGUGAUUUGGUUCAGAACACAGAGAAACUGAAUGAGGUGACUGGAUAUGCAGGAGAGUCUGUGGUUCUGCCCUGCUCAUGCUCUGAACUACUGGCUAAACCUGAACAGAUACGAUGGAUAUAUUAUUUAGAAAAAACUACUAAGGAAAUUUACCCAAAUGAAAAGUCUGAGAGGCACAAGAACAGAGUCAAACUGUUGAAUCAAACAUCUCCAGGAAAUCUCUCUCUACACAUAUCAGCACUGACCGCAGAGGACGAAGGAGACUAUGCUUGUUCUGUCUCGUCUCAAAAAGUCUACUUCAGACUUCAUGUUGAAGUUACUCUCGGGACAGAGAAUCCACACAUCCAUACAUCCAUCAGUUUAUCAACACUUCAACCUUCACACCAAACACAAGAACUUCCACCAGCUCAACAACCACACGACACAUCUCAAUAUGUUUUCAUUUUGUUGGGGGUGAUUCUCUCAGUACUAUUACUGGCAUUACUGGCAUUUAUCUACUGGAGAUGCAGAGGAGGCAGAAAUGUGAAAACGGUGAUCAGGGAUGAAGAAGAACUAAAUAGAGAACAAGACAAUCAGGAUGACGUGACGUAUUCUGCUGUAGUCCAUGUUAAAACUGCCGCCACACCAGCUCACAUAGAGAGUGACCCAGCAGAGCACACUGAGUACGCCCCAAUCAAAGUUAAACGCUAAACGUCAAGAAAGAAUAUAGUCAAUUUAAUGGUAAACAUUUUAAAGAGAUUGAAACAACCAUGUACAUUUUAUUAUUGAGUGUUUUGUGUAACCUCAGUUUAAGAAGAAAACCUGUUCAUUGUUUGGAAUACCUUUUAAAAUGGUUGUAUUUUAAAGCAGUUAAGGAGUUAAGGAGUUGCAUGUUUCUAGUUUCAGAAAACUGAGCACUAAAAAAGAAAUGAGUCACACUGUGUGCAUGCGCUUUCACCAAAUGAUCUCAUAAUGUGACUCAAUUCUCCUAAACCAUAGUGUCGUAUUUAGCAGUUGACAUAUUCAAUGUUUAAAUUUGCCAUGAAAUAAUUAUUGAUCUCAUAGUGAUCAAUUCAUCCAUAUGUUUCAUAUUUUAAAACUUAACUCUUUCUAAAAUGUAAAUUAAAAAUUUCUUAACUUUGUCUUAACUUCUCCUAAUGAAAACAAUAGACUUCUCUCUAAGAACUUGAGUCAUUUUGUCCUCAUAAAUCCCUCUUUCUUACAAUCGACUGCAAGCUUGCAUCCAGAUCCACCUCCAUCCAAUCAACAACAAAUAAAUAGAACCAUGUUCCCUCCAUCCAUUUUUUUUUACUUUUCCAAUAAUUCGUUUCAGUCUUUCAUAAGAUGAAUAAGUGACUUGUUUACCAAUUCAGCCUCAUUGUUUGUACUUUUACAUUUAUUAUUAGUAUGGCAUUAUUACUAAUAUGUUUUAUUGACAGAAACAAAGUUACUGUCCAAAGGGGGAAAAAUUAUAUUAUAAUAAAAGUAAUAAUAAUACACUAUUCAUUAUAAAUGGAAAAUUAUUUAAUAAAAAUGACUAAUUUUGUUCUUUAAUCAAGUCACUUAUCUUUUUCACACCUCCCCUCCACACAUACAUAAAAUAACUAACCCUUAAUACUGUAAUUUCAUUUCAAAUUCUUAUAUAUUACUAUUUAAUAAUAACUGACUUAAGUUUAUUACAUAAUUCUAGGGGUUUUACAGAAUAUAAUACAAUUUUAUGCAAUCUGAAAAGUCCAAAAUGACAAAAGAUCCCUUUUGUGCAAGUUAACAAGAGGCCAGCUGGAGAUGCUUGCUGCGUCCCAUUUCGAAGGCACCCUUUUCUCAAAAAAAAAAAAAAAAAGAUUUUUUGAUGCAACUUAUUUUGAUUCAGCACCAUUGUAUUAGGUUUCUGG